UGGGGAGUGUAUCGACUUAAGGCUGAGAAGCUCUCUCUGAGUUUGCAGGCCGUGCAGGACGUCGUGCUGUCUCCUUGGCAACUUGAUUGAUGGCCCCGCACAGCAGAGGGUUGGGGGAGGGAGGGAAGGGGUACAGGGGAGCCCACAGAAAGACGCGCGCGGCGUUCCUCGCAGCCAGAUAACGAGCAGCAGGUCCAGCGAGAAGCAGCGCGUGGGCCACGGGAGCCGACGGGAGCGCAUCGAGCGCCAUGGAUCACAUCGGGAUCCUGGGGGCGCAUCUGCAGCAGCACGCGCACGUGGAGCCCAUCAGCUUCGGCAUCGACCAGAUCCUGAGCAACGUGGAGCAGAGCUGCAUGCUGGGCUCGAGGAUGCCCGAGCCGGACUACGGUCACCCAGUGUACAACGGCGGCGCCGGGGGAGUGGGAGGCUUCGCGUGCGGCGGUGGCGGCGGCGGCGGCGGAUACAACAGCACCGCCGGAUCUUGUGGGAUGGCGUCUCUCGGGGGAGCUUAUCACAUGAACAUGAGCGUGAACAUGAACGGGACUAACAUGAACUCUUCCGGGGUCAUCCGCGUCCCCGCGCACCGGCCUCCUCUCAGCGGCGGCUCCACGGUGCCGCCUCCCGCUAGCGGCGGUGUCGGCAACCUGAGCGCGCUCACCUUCCCGUGGAUGGAGAGCAACCGACGCUACACCAAAGACAGGUUCACAGGUCACCCGUACCAGAAUCGCACUCCGCCGAAGAAGAAGAAGCCGCGGACGUCGUUCAGCCGGCUGCAGAUCUGCGAGCUCGAGAAGCGCUUCCACCGGCAGAAGUACCUGGCGUCUGCCGAGCGCGCCGCGCUGGCCAAGGCCCUGAAGAUGACCGACGCUCAGGUCAAAACCUGGUUCCAGAACAGACGCACCAAGUGGAGACGGCAGACAGCGGAGGAGCGGGAAGCAGAGCGGCAGCAGGCCAACCGUAUCCUGAUGCAGCUGCAACAGGAGGCCUUCCAGAAGACCAUCAACCAGCCGGUAGCCCCCGACCCACUGUGCCUGCAGAACAGCUCCUUGUACGCCCUGCAGAACCUCCAGCCGUGGAGCGAGAACACAGCAAAGAUCAGCAGCGUGUCAGCCUGCGAGUAAACCUCCACCUGGGCUUCUCCUUCGGGAUUCAGUGACUGCUGCAGUGUGGUGGAGCGGCCGGAUGCCUGCUGAGGACGUCCUGCCGUUGGCCAUCCUGCCGUUGGACUCUGGUUCACGGCCUUUACUCUUUCUGUCUCACGGACACCGGUGCUGUUUGUCGAUGGGCUCUCUCUCUCUCUGCACUUCUCCCAUCAAAUGGGGCCCACACGACGACAUGUUGUGUUACAAUUAUUGCUAUUAAUAUUCUUUACAUGACUUUAAAAAAAAUAUUUUUAUAAAAGUUUAUACGACUGACUGAAUAGGGCUUUGUCUUAGAGCGACACAAGUAUUUAUCGGCCUCGUUAAUCGACUUUUUAAGAGACUGCAGAAUAACAAAGCACUUGUUUCAACAAUCUUUUAGAAAGGAAGGGAUGAAAUCUUAUUAACUGCGCGUUUAAUUUACCUUCGAAUCAACAGCUGCAGCCUGGAAAUGGCGUUGUGUUAACUUUAAACGUUCCAUCAAAGUCUUCGCUUACGGUUGUGCUGUGUGACCCGGCGGGUGGCUGAUGACUCUUAGCAAUAAAAACUAACAAUAAUAAUUUUCUCAGCACGUACAGUCAGGCAUUGGAGCUAUCACCAGCUUUGAUGCGUGCAGCAGCCAUGUUGGAUUUAUGGGUUGGUGUCUGACUGCUUGAAUUCUUCUUUGUUCACUCUCUUUAUUUUUGGAGUGUUGAAAUGUUUCGUUGUCAGAAAAAUCAGUUGAAAAGUUAUAAAGUUUUGGAAAAUUGGGGGUUUCCGUCAAACCCCCGCCACCCAUCUAAAAAUCCAACAUGGAUUCUGUGCUUAUGCAACACAGUGAUAGAUGUAGAACCAAGUUGUUUAUUUGUUCAGCUGAAAUCCACUAAUACUUGAGACCCCAUCAAAAAACACUUAGAACUGUUUAUUUUAAUAAUUGUAACACCAACUAUAUCUUAACAUGUAUUAACAUGCAUAGUGGAAACCAUUUUAGCAGACAGUAAUAUCUGCAGCCUUCCUUGUCUCCUCUGUUGAGGGUCGGUCCCAAGGAAAGUAAAUGCCACUCCUGGAUUGGCUUGUUUUGCAAAUGUCAGCCAAUAGCAUGUCGAGUAGAAAUGUACAUAGAUAUUUCAGCUUCCCAAAGAUGCAUUUUCUCUCUGUGUUGUAUAUCGAAUAUUUUCAAUAUGUUGCAGUGGACUGGCGACCUGUCCAGGGUGAACCCUGCCUCUCGCCCGCUGACCACUAGAGAUAGACACCAGCACCCCUGGCCACACCCACAUUAGGGAUAAACAUCUAAGAUAAUGGAUGGAUGAAUGUUAGAUAUGUUCAACAAAAUAUUUUUUCAGUAAUUAUCUGGAGUUACAUUCCACAGAACAAUUCACAAAUAAUGAACCUUAACUAGGCAGAGUUCCACUGUAUGCUACUGCAAUGGUUCAGUUUAGUGAAAGCUUAGAAAUACAUUAUCAGUAGUUUGUAUUGCUAACAGCAGUUAGCUUGGUCACCGAGCACAACGCGUAGCGAAUCGCUGACCUUCAGCUGGAGCACACUUAUACAGGAUAUGACCUCAUUCCCUGACAAAAGUUUCAUCUUCCACGGUAACUGCAACGCCAACAGGAAGUCCUGAGAUUUACACAUCAAAAUGACCAGCUUCAGUGGUCACUCUAAUUGAUAUCUCGAGACUGGAUCAUGGACCAAACUUCCCAGUACAAAUAAGACACACCAUAAAAAGACAAAAUAUGACCUAAAUAGUGAAAUGUAAUAUAUUGCACUUUGUCUAAAAGAUACAUUUAAAUGCAAAUUACCACAUUU